AUGCACCGACGUAAAAGCAUCAUCAUAUCUCAAGGGGAUUCAUGUGCCCCCGUAAGAUCUGGCUUGCGUAUCAAUGUUAGUGGUGGAAUGGAAAGGAAGAAUGAUAACUUUCGAAAAUCCACUAACUACUUGCCAACUACAAGUAAGAAACCAUGGAAUAGUAGCGUGCGCGUCGAUCAGACUGUGAUGAGUGGGCAGCGUGAAGACAGGAGGCUACCACUGUACGCAAACACUAUGGUCCACGCAAAGUCCAAAGGAUAUCGCGUAGGGUGCAUGAGUUCCAUUGGCAAACAGGAUACCGCUUCGGUAGCGAUUCCAAGUGUAAGCCAAGACUCCAAGAUAAGCGGUGAAGUGGGCGACGGUGCUAUGCUGAUACACAACUCCCUAAGAAAAGGAAUCCAUUUACACGCGUCGAAUGACCUGGAGUCACGCGAAGAAGAUUCAGUAAUGAUGGAGGAAAAUUCCAAGAGCAAAACCCAGUUUCAAGAUACAACUAAAUUAUAUGCUGGAAAAAAGCUCUCCCACGAUGCGGAUAGCUACCAUUCCGAACUGGAAACUAUUGUCGCCAAGGUAUGUAUGUGGUACCUUAAAGUUCGAACAAACAUAAACAAACUGUACGGUAACGCUUCAAGCACACAGGGCACUGAGAAUCUUUACAACGUUAUUUCUUCUUAUUUGGACCAACUUCAAACGCUUUUAGGAACUAAUCUCCCAGAUAUCACGAAUCCUAAUUCUGCUGAGUCGCGGUCGCCGGCAACCUCCAGAAAACAUUCAGGAACCAUCCUGGAGGGUGACAGGCCAUUGCCUGUCGCUCAACAAGCUUAUCACAACACAAAUGCAACCAUGAGAGUUGAAAAUCAUCCAGUGGGCAUGCUUGCUACAACGACCUUCUGUGAAGAACCACAACAAGAAGAAAGAAUCCCCACACCCUAUGUGAAUCAAUAUUUUAGUGAAGCAGCCUCUGGUGACAUAGAGGCGGAACAACCGAUCGCAAGCCCGAGCCGAACAGUAGCCUCUGAUAUGAUCAAUACAGAGAAGAGCGUUUCACCAAAGGUGAGCUUGCAAGUCAGCCUAAGAACAAAGGGAUUACCAGUCGAGAGCUGGUGCGACGGAGGAACAGACCAAAACUCAAAUUGCAACAUUCUAUAUAAUGAGAACGUGGGAAAACUGUCUUCCAUGCUCCGGUUCCUAAAUCAACCUUAUCGCAUGGACGAUGCGGAUACAAUGUGCAAAGAUGUGCAAGGCUCACAGGUGCAUUGUUCUACUGGUUACAACAAUCUUUUCCACUGUUCCGAGAAACAAGGCUGUGUCACAAACUGGCAAAACUGCAGUCCGAACACAUUUUCAACAAGACAGCUCAUAAGUCGGCUCAUUUAUGGAACAGUCUAUACAAAAUCUUACACGCUAUUAUCCUGGCUUUAUCCAGCUGGCGAAGUUGUACAAAUUUGGGCAGAAUCAAUGCAUCAAACUAGACUAGUUCUACACAGCCGAGAGCACACACUAGUUGUAGUAACGGGCUUCAAAGCCCACAUAGAAUUAUCAUCGGUAGUGGAAAGAGUCAUGAGUCGGUCAUCAUUACAUUCAGUACACGAGACGGAAGAGGAGGAAGACGAUCCAGUAUUUCUCGUUGAAGCAAUCCUACUACGUGCCCCGGAAGAAGAAACCAAAAAACGUGUCGGCCUGGGAAAGAAAAUCGCUGUGACUGAUGAAAAGGACGAUUCGGCUGCAUCAUCUCCACUGCCCGAACCGCCGGAGGAACUGCCUACUUGGAGUGAACCCAACCUACCGCCUCCCCCAUGGCUGGAAGAACCUUCUGUAUCACAUCAAAUCAAGGUGUAUCCCACCGAAUGCCUGCAGCUUCCUAUAAGAAGUGUGACCAAGCCCAAUGCUCCAUACCUUCUAUGGAAAUGCGCAUCUGUUGAUCCAGUGGUACAACAUUCGUUUGAAAAUUUCGACUGGAAUCUUUUUCACCAGGAUUGGUCUUAA